UUCAAAGCUGGCAACUCCCAGAUGUUCAUGGUCUGUGGAGAUAUGAAAUAUCUGCUGGAAAAUAAAGUUCAUACCUUCCUGCAGCUGUUACAACAAGUAUUCUGCUUACCAUGCUCUACCCUUGAUUCAUUAUCACGACUUCACGAGAAACUCAGAGUUUAUAUUUGGAAAAAGCCAUGUUGGUCGAAAUUAGCUACUUGAAGAAGUGCACAGCUGUUGUUCUGCUGAUUCCAUCUUUAUUAGCAAUAAGAUGUUUCUCAGCUACCACGACAAGAGAUAGCAUCGCGCUGAAUGAAUCCAUAUCUGAUGGGCAAAACCUUGUUUCUAGUAAGAAGAAAUUUGUGCUUGGAUUCUUUAGCCCUGGAGCUUCAAGCCACCGAUAUAUUGGUAUAUGGUAUAACAAUAUUCCAAAUGGAACGGCUGUAUGGGUUGCUAAUAGGAAUGAUCCAGUACAUGAUAAGUCCGGUGUGCUUAAGUUUGAUGAUGUCGGUAAUCUGAUACUACAAAAUGGCACAGGCAGCUCGUUUAUAGUUGCUUCUGGGGUGGGAGUGAGGGACAGGGAGGCAGCAAUACUGGAUACUGGUAACUUCGUGCUAAGGAGCAUGACUGGCCGUCCAAAUAUCAUAUGGGAGAGCUUUGCCUCUCCUACUGAUACAUGGCUCCCUACAAUGAAUAUUACAGUUAGAAAUUCGCUGACGUCAUGGAAGAGCUAUGAUGACCCAGCAAUGGGAGAUUACACUUUUGGUUUUGGACGGGGCAUAGCUAACACAUCGCAAUUCAUUAUUAACUGGAAUGGGCAUUCAUUUUGGACAAGUGCAUCCUGGACUGGUGACAUGAAUUCUCUCAUUCCAGAUCUGACAUCUAUGAGUACCAUCCCUGUUUCAUUUCAGUGUGACAACUCCACAUGCAUAUACAGGCCCAACCCUAAUGAACAAAUGACUAAGAUUGUUUUGGAUCAAAGUGGUUCAUUGAACAUAACACAGUUUGAUUCAGAUGCCAAAUUAUGGACAUUGCGAUGGAGACAGCCAGUCAGUUGUGAUGUGUCCAACUUAUGUGGGUUUUAUGGUGUAUGCAAUAGCACGUUAUCAGUAUCCGUAAAAGCAUCAGCAUCAGCAUCAGCAUCAGAACCAGUAUCUCUUUGUCAGUGUCCAAAAGGAUUUGCACCACAAGAAAAAUCAAAUCCCUGGAAAGGGUGCACCAGACAAACCCCACUGCAAUGUACUGGUGAUAGGUUUAUUGAUAUGCUUAACACGACACUUCCUCACGACAGAUGGAAGCAGUCUUUUAUGGAAGAAGAUCAAUGUGAAGUUGCCUGCAUUGAAGAUUGUUCUUGUACGGCAUAUGCUCAUUCUAUAUCCGAUGGCUGCAGUUUAUGGCAUGGCAAUCUAACAAACUUGCAGUGGUACGGCAAUCUAAAAAACUUGCAGGAUGGAGUUGAAAGUCUUCAUCUUCGUGUAGCUGCAUCAGAACUGGAAUCUAGCCAUAGCUCAGGUCACAAAAUGCUUUGGAUAGCGUAUGUACUUCCUUCAGUUGCAUUUCUUGUUUUUUGUCUCGUCUCUUUUAUUUGGUUUCGGAGAUGGAAAAAUAAAGGGAAAGGAAAACAGCAUGACCACCCCCUUGUCAUGGCUUCAGAUGUAAUGAAGCUUUGGGAGAGUGAAGACACGGGCUCUCACUUUAUGACACUUUCCUUCUCACAAAUAGAAAAUGCCACAGACAACUUCUCAGCUGAAAACAAGCUUGGAGAAGGGGGCUUUGGCCCUGUGUACAAGGGCAACUUACAAAAUGGACAAGAUGUUGCUAUUAAGAGACUAGCAGCGAAUUCAGGGCAAGGUCUACCUGAGUUUAAGAAUGAAAUCUUAUUAAUAGCCAAGCUUCAACAUACAAAUCUAGUUGGACUCUUAGGUUGCUGCAUUGAUGGGGAAGAAAUGUUACUAAUCUACGAGUAUAUGUCAAACAAAAGCUUGGAUUUCUUCCUAUUUGAACAAUCGAGAAGGACUAUUUUAGUCUGGGAAAUGCGUCUUAACAUAAUUGAAGGGAUUGCACAAGGUCUUAUCUAUCUCCACAAGCAUUCUCGGCUGAGAGUUAUUCACAGGGACCUGAAGCCAAGCAACAUUUUGUUAGACAAUGAUAUGAACCCUAAGAUCUCAGACUUUGGAAUGGCAAGAAUAUUUGAUCCUAAAGGAGGACUAGCUAACACGAAAAGAGUCGUUGGAACAUAUGGCUACAUGGCUCCUGAGUAUGCUAUGGCAGGCAUUUUCUCUGUGAAAUCCGAUGUAUAUAGCUACGGGGUAUUACUUCUGGAGAUCAUCAGUGGACUAAGAAAUGCCGCAGCUCGUGGACAUGGCAACUCCCUAAACCUCCUUGGUCACGCAUGGGAGCUGUGGAAAGAAGGCAAAUGGCGCGAGCUCAUUGAUAAAUAUUUGCACGGUGCAUGUCCUGAGAAUAUGGUGCUAAGAUGCAUUCACGUCGGCCUGUUGUGCGUUCAGGAGAAUGCUGCUGAUCGGCCCUCCAUGGCCGAAGUCAUUUCCAUGAUUACCAACGAAAACGCCACCUUACCGGCCCCAAAACAGCCUGGCUUCCUCUCCAUGUUGCUUCCGUCUGAAGCUGAUGUCCCUGAAGGAAGUUUCUCUCUGAAUGAUUUGUCAAUUACUGCCCUGGAUGGUAGGUAGUAGUACUUUCUCCAUUAGAUGCGGCCCUCUGCCUGAAGAUGCAAGUGUGCUACAUUUGCGUCUGAAUAGAUGUAUGCUCAUAUGAGUAUCAUGUUUUCCCAUGGUAUUAACAAAUCAUUCAGGAGAAGCUCUGUUUCAGAAGAUAUUAGUUGUCAUUAU